AUGAUUAGCAUUAUCCUUCAAGGUUCGGUCGAUGGGGGGAGCAGAAGGAGUAGGGCGCAAAGGGAACAUAUAAGCCCUUCGGUCCUCAAGAUUCGGCAGUCCAGGAGCUCACGAAGACCACGGCCAAGCUCCUCAGGGUCCUUCUCCCUCGACGCUCCCUUCAGAUGCGGUUCCUCGCCCUCGUCCUCCUCCUGGCUCUCGCCGUCGCCUUCGUCGGCGCCAAGUCCUUGGCCUGCUGUGGCGGCGGAGGUCACCACGGCGGUCACGGAGGAGGCAACGGAGGUCACCAUGGAGGUCAUGGCGGUGGAGGCUUCGGCGGAGGCUUCGGAGGCGGUGGAGGACUGGGAGGCGGAGGAGGCUUUGGCGGAGGCUUCGGAGGCUGAAACUUCAGAGGAAACAGUGACGAGGAACACGUGACCAACAUGUCGUGCUUGCAGUGGUUUUCCUGAAUUUUCCCUCUAAUGGUCUUUCUCC